CACGUCUCCACUAAUCUCUCUCUCUUCCACUCAGUCUCCUUCUCUCCCCACUCCCCCCUCUCAAAAACAGACUUGAUCAUGGCCGAGUCUCGCAACCUUGAGCACCGUCGCUCAAACUUCAAGGGCCGCACCCAGUUCUCUGCCCAGGAGCUCCGCCGACGACGUGAGGAGCAGCAGGUCGAGAUUCGCAGGCAAAAGCGCGAGGAGUCUAUUGCCAAGCGCCGUAACUUCCAGGCUGCUGCUGAUGACGACCUCGACUCGGACGACGAUGGAGAGGAGCUCGGUGACGCCGCCCUCGGCGACACCCUCCCCCAGAUGCUCCAGGCCAUCUACAGCAACGACCCCGAGACCCAGCUUGACGCGACCACCAAGUUCCGCAAGCUCCUCUCGAAGGAGAAGAACCCCCCUAUCGACCGCGUGAUCGAGUGCGGUGUCGUCCCCCGCUUUGUCGAGUUCCUCAACUCGAGCAACACCAUGCUCCAGUUUGAGGCUGCUUGGGCUUUGACCAACAUUGCCUCGGGCACCUCGGAGCACACCCAGGUUGUUAUUGCCGCUGGCGCCGUUCCCCUCUUCAUCCGCCUCCUUUCUUCGCCCGUCCUUGACGUGCGCGAGCAGGCCGUCUGGGCUCUUGGUAACAUUGCCGGUGACUCGCCCAAGUGCCGUGACCACGUCCUCAGCCAGGGUGCCCUUCAGCCCCUGCUCCAGCUCCUCAACGAGAACCACAAGCUGUCGAUGGUCCGCAACGCCACCUGGACUCUGUCCAACUUCUGCCGUGGCAAGUCUCCCCAGCCUGACUGGAACCUCAUCUCGCCCGCCCUCCCCGUCCUUUCCAAGCUCAUCUACUCGCUUGACGACGAGGUUCUCAUUGACGCCUGCUGGGCCAUCUCGUACCUCUCGGACGGUACCAACGACAAGAUCCAGGCCGUUAUCGAGAGCGGUGUCUGCCGUCGUCUUGUGGACCUCCUGAUCCACCCCUCGACUGCCGUCCAGACCCCUGCUCUCCGCUCGGUUGGCAACAUUGUCACUGGUGACGACCUCCAGACUCAGGUCAUCAUCUCGUCGGGUGCUCUCCCUGCUUUGCUCAGCCUCCUUAGCUCGCCCAAGGACGGCAUCCGCAAGGAGGCCUGCUGGACCAUCUCCAACAUCACCGCUGGUUCGCCCCACCAGAUCCAGGCCAUCAUCGACGCCAACAUCAUCCCUCCCCUUAUCACCAUCCUCCAGAACGCCGACUUCAAGACCAAGAAGGAGGCAUGCUGGGCCAUCUCCAACGCCACCUCGGGUGGUCUCUCGGAGCCCAACCAGAUCCGCUACCUCGUCCAGCAGGGCUGCAUCAAGCCCAUGUGCGACCUCCUCGGCUCGAUGGACAACAAGAUCAUCCAGGUCGCCCUCGACGGUCUUGAGAACAUCCUCAAGGUCGGUGAGAUCGACAAGGAGGCCGCUGGCCCCGGUGCCGAGAACCAGUACGCCCGCUUCAUCGAGGAGGCCGGCGGAAUGGUCGCCAUCCACAACCUCCAGCACCACGAGAACCUCGAGAUCUACAAGAAGUGCUACUACAUCAUGGACAAGUACUUCCCCGACGACGACGAGGAGGAGGCCGACGGCGCCGCCCCCGCCGUGGACGCCGCAGGCAACUACGCCUUCCAGUCCUCUGUCGCCGCUCCCCAGGGUGGCUUCAACUUUGGUGCUUAAAUCGUCGCCGACUAGACCGUGGGAAGCUUGCCUAGAGGGCACCUCGCCACCUGGUUUCAUUACCUCGCAUAUUGUCUCGCCUUCCGUUCUAUUUUUCCUCCGUCUCGACUCUUGUUUGUGUUUCCAAGGCCUCGCAACCGCAUUGGCGGCGCGCGCAACCGUGUCGCUGCCACCUAGAAUCUGCCGCAUCGGACCAUCCCCAUCUCGCCACCACCACCACCGACACCACAACAUAUAACGAUCCGGCCUCUGCACCGAGGGCAACUGCAACCAGCCCCUCGACGUCCGUCUGCUCCUCAAGUCAUUUUUCAUUUACCUCACCUCAACAAAUUCCCCCACCCCUUCCCCUCGCCUCCCCAACCACAACCUACCUCGUGGUAGCUUGCUUAAACUAGUGAGCCAGCGCACAUUCUCAGCUCGCUGGGCUGUCCAUCGCCGUCUUCCAGUACUGUACAUUGUAGAGUGUAGGCUUUGGUGGACAGAUGCAAUCUCGUCGCUGUAA